CUGCCCUGAAGCAGCCGUUAAAAUGCGAACCCCUGAAAUAAAUAAAUAAAAGGAUAGAUAGAUACAUAACUAGGUAGAUAAAUAAAUAUAAAAAUAAAAAUAAAAUGCAAAUCCCUUUGGACCGCGGCCUUAGGGUCCAAACGGAAGGCGGGACUUCCGCUCUCGGCUUACAUCAGUCAGGAAGCGGAAGCGAGGCGGGGCGAGAAGGUUGUGGAGCUGGGGUAGAGGUAUUUUUUCCUCUGCGGUCCCGUGGCCGUCUGGACAGCCGUGAUCGGACAGUGCGGACCCCAGGGCGCCCUCCUGUCCCAGGUAAUGAUAAAGAGCUGAUCAUUUGCAUCUGAGCACAAUUGAAACAAAAUAGGAAGAUGGCAGCAAACUCUUCAGCACAAGGUUUUCAAAACAAAAACAGAGUUGCAAUCUUGGCAGAACUGGACAAAGAAAAAAGAAAAUUACUUAUGCAGAACCAAUCUUCAACAAAUCAUCCUGGAGCUAGCAUUGCGCUCUCCAGGCCCUCUCUUAAUAAGGACUUCCGAGAUCAUGCUGAGCAGCAGCAUAUUGCAGCCCAACAGAAGGCAGCUUUGCAGGGAUUGAACUCGGGUCCUUGCACCUGUGAGCAUGCUCAUGCACAUUCAUCUGGAUACUUCAUAACUCAAGACUCUGCAUUUGGGAAUCUUAUUCUUCCUGUUUUACCUCGCCUUGACACAGAAUGAAGAAAAUACCUGUGAUGAAAGGGACUGUAAUUUCAAAGGCCAAAGCUACUCUCAUUCACUACUGUACAAACUGACUUUCAGAAUUUUGGUGAACUUACGUAUUUUUUUGCUUCUUUAAGAGAAAGGAGUAUGUAAGUGAAAGUGAAAAGAAGGGGAACCAGAAUGAUGGGAGCUUGGAAGCUUUGUCAUUUGAGGAAUUGAUUAUGCUGCCCAUGACUUUAAUUUUUUUGUAACGCCAUUUAACUCUAAAUUGGAUAGUCACAUAAAAAUGAGCCUCCAGACCCCAACAAGUUGGACUGAGUAUACCAUGUCUACAAUUGGCUUUCAAGAACCAUUUAUAGUACUUACUAAAGAAAUGAGGAUUUUAAAAAAAUGUUAACCAAUACCUUAAAUAAGGAAUUCAUAUAUAGUUUAUAGGAUUGAUGUGGUAUUGUCUUUUGAAUUUAGAGUCAACAUAUCAUGCAGAAAUAUUCUUUGUGAACUCCUAACUAGUUCCCCUAUUCUCCAUUUUAAAAGAAACCCCAAGACUAAAUUACUAACCAGUCUUUUAAUAUGUUUUAUAAACAAAUGCUAUUAAAAACAAUAAGAAAUGUGGUGGCUUCAAAUUUUGUACAUCUCAGGGCCAGGGAUUUAGCUCAGUGGUGCUGCCACCUGUCUCGAGAGCGGAAGGUCCUGAGUUCAAUCUCCGGUACCAAAAAAAUUAAAAAAAAAUUUUGUAAAAUGCUUAAUGUAUAAAUGGUGUACCUGUGUGGUUUUAUUGUCUUUUUAAAAAAAAUCUACACAAAACCGGGGAUUUAGUUCAGUGAUGCCACUGCCUGCCUUGCAAGCGUAAAGUCCUGAGUUUGAUCCCCAGUACCAAAAACAAAAACAAAACAAAAAAAAAUCUAAACACUUAAAAUUAGGCAAGUUAAGGCAGGCAUCACAGUGCACUGUAAUCGCAGCUACUUGGGAGGCUGAGGCAGGAGGAUUGCAGGUUGGGCCACUCAGUGAGACCUUAUCUCAAAAUUUUAAAAAAAGCUGGGGAUGUAGCUUAAUGGUAAAGCACUUACCUAGCAUGUGGAAGGCCCUGGGUUCAAUCCUCAGUACCAACAAUAAAUACAUUUAAAAAAUUAUGCAAGUUGAAACCCUUUUUAAUCACUUUAGGAAGGAGUAGAUUAAACAAGUUCAGCUUGACCUAGCCUUAACAGAAUCUAGGGUGCUUACUUACAUAUAUAGUCCCCACUACCCUACCCUACCUAGUCCUACAAAAUUAGUAUCUAAUUCAAAAUAAAGUCUGAAAAUGAUGGGUUAGAAAAUUCUGUAACACAUUUUGUUCAAAAUUUUCAUGAUUGAAAUUGUAUUUAUACUAUCUCGCAGAUACAGGUUUUUUGCGGGGGUGUCCCCAUCCUAGGGAUUGAACCCAGGGCCAUGUACAUACUGAGUGCACACCCAGCCCACGUGUGUGUGUUUGAUACUGGGGAUUGAACCCAGUCCUUGGCACUGAGCUACAUUCCCCAGUCCUGUUUAUUUAUUUAUUUUGGUUUUUUGAGACAGGGUCUUACUGUGUAGUCCAGGCUGGCUUUGAACUCACUGUGGAACCCAGGCUGGGCUUGAACUCAAGACGAUCCUCCUGCCUCAGCCUCCCAAGUGCUAGGAUUACAGGUGUGUGUCACCACACUCUGCUUUAUUUUUUAUUUAUUUUUAUUUUUUGGUACCGGGGAUCAAACUCAGGACCUUGUGCUUGUGAGGCAGGUGCCGGAACCACUGAGCUAAAUCCCCAGCCCCCUGUAUACAUUUCUAUAACUGACCUUCCCCAUCAUCUCUAGUAGUAGGGCAAAAUUUAAACUUAGAAUUCUAGGUUUAGUUAAUAUUUAGUCAUAGUUUCUUCCCUUUUCAUAAUUUCUUCUCCUAAAUCUUUUCACCAACUAUACAGCCUUGUCCUGCCCAAACUAAGUGAAGCCAGGGUGGAUAACUAUAGAAUUGGCUGUGCCAUUUAGGUUUUUUUCAAGGUACUUGGAUUGAAUCUAGGCCCCCGAACAUGCUAGGAGAGUGAGCUACUAUCUUGUCUCUUGGGAGCUGAGAUUACAAGUAUGUACCACCAUGCAUGAUGCUAUGUAGAUUUUUUUUCCUUUGAAGAAUUUGAACUAUAGUAGCCCUCAUUUUCUUGAAUCUUCCUAAGUUUCUUUUCUGUGGAUUAUGACAUACUGACAUAGUUCUAUAUCUACUGAUAUUGGGGAGAUAAAAUAUUUGUAGGAUUUUUUCAUGUGCUUCUUCCACUACAGGUGUGAUUUUUGUAAUCCAAAUAAAGAGAUCUUUUUAGCAGUGGUA